UUCUAAAUAUGCAUGACUUUGAUUCUUAAUCUUGUUAUUAUAGAGUAUUCAACCAGAUGAUUAUUUCUGUAAACAACCGGAGAUUAUUUAAGAAAUUAAGACAACUUUCACCGAACAUUUUAAGAUUGAUGAAAAGAUUAUAAUUGAUGAUCGGAAUAGUUGAAAAUCAAAAGAAAAGAGAAAAUCGAGAACGGAAAAGAAAAGAAAAAAAAAGAAAGGGAAAGAAGUGAUCACAUGAAGUUUGCACUUUUGCUGACCCAGAUCAAGAGACGUAGCUAUCAAUCUUCACACCCUAAAACAACAUAAAAUCAAAUGUCGUGCCUCACCCUAAUCUAAAAACAACAACCCUUUAUUUUUCUGAUUUUCUCCUUAAUUAUUUCCUUCAUAACCAAGCAUAAAUAACGGUUGACAUCUUUUUUGAGGCAUUUCGUCGAACACAUAGCAUGCAUCUUGAUACAGGGGGAUGAAGAUUGGUAUUCACAGGCUUGUUGAUUUGAUGAAGCCUUUCUUGACAUGUCGUCGGUGUUGCUAGACUCCGGCGCAUCAGUUUUCGAUACUUCCAAUUCUAAGAAAGGUCAGAUUUUUAGUACUUUGCCUAUUUCUUCGUUGGGGUUUUCUGGGUUCGUUUCAAACGAUCAAAUUGCUUCAUCAUUCAACAUGAAUCCAUAUGGGCAAUCUGGGUUUGUGAACUCUAGUCAAAUGAAUGCGAAAUUUGAGUUUAGUUCACCGUCAACUUCGAAUUUGGGUUCUGAAAAGCCCCCAUUUAGCUCAAUUCCUAGUCUUUCAAGGCCAAGAUUGGUGAAGUCUAGGAAAUCUCAAAAUCCCAGGUCAAUGGGAAGCUCAGAAACCCGGAAAAUCGAUCCGGGUUUUAAUCCGUUUCGCCCCGUUUCGGAUAAUCUAGCAGGGGUUUCAUCUAGGUUGGAGGGUAAAGAUGAUGAUGAAGUAUAUAUGAAUAGUAAUAGUAGUAAGAAUUUAAAAAUUAAGGUUGCUAGUAAGGUUGAGAAAGUAGGGGAUGCACUUAUUGAUGAAAUUAGGAAAUUGAGAAUUGAGAAUCAAAAUAUUGGUAGACAAAGUGGCAAUAAUGUGUAUGAAAGUGGGAGUUUGAGCUCGAUUGGUGUUCAGCAACCUAGCAAUGUGGCACCUGAGCUUCUUGAUAAGAUACAUAAUUUGAACUUGGGAGGUUUAGGUACCGGGAGCUCGAGAGGUUCCGGUGUUGGUGAAGGUCAUGGUGUGCAUAAUGUGAGUAGUUCAAUUGGUACUUCAUUGGCAUCUGAACUUCCUAAUGAUUUGGAGAAGUUGAAUCUCAAAGAUACUGGUGAAUUUCGUAGCGAUAGUUUUGGUUUUGGUGCUUCUGAUAGUAGUAAAUUUGUGUUUGGGGGCAAUAGGACAAUGGAAGAUUCUAAUGACCCUAGCAUUGCGAGCGCACUCUCUAGGAUUAAGAACUUGAACAUAGCUGAUCCUGACGAAAAUAGUGGUACUAAGAAACAAAUGAAUAGCAACAUGAACAAUCCGACAUUUGGCUCUGUGGAUGCUAAUAGAACUGAAUCUGGUGAAGAGGUGGACGUAGAUACGAUGAUUUUGGAUGAGAUGGUGAAGUUGAAAAUUCUUGGUGAUACAAAGGAAUCUAGUGAUCAUGCCAAUGCAACUGACAGUUCAUAUCCAAGGACUGAACCACUUGGAAGCAUGAGCAAGGAAGAUAGUAGAAUAUUAUAUCCCACGGAGUUCCUAAACCCAAUCAAGGAACAAAAAGAGCAUUCAGUUGGUCCUCAAGUAGCUGAUUACCAAUCGAAUAAAGGCUCUGUAUUUCGUGAAGCAUCCGCAUCAUCAACAUCAUCUCUUUCAUCUGGCAGCCUACACUUUCAGCCGGUGAGGCACGAAUUUGAAGUGCCUUGUACUGAUGGUACUGUGAAGAAGGAAGGUUUCGCUUUUGGUUACAACCAAGAAGGUUCAAGGAUUCCCUUUGUUGAAUUUAGAACACCUGAUUCGAAAGUGCAAACUGGAUACAGCACCAAGGGACUAGUUAGAGAUGCUAAAUCCAAAGGGAGGAAGGCAAAAGUAAAAGAAACUAAAUCAGUCUUGAUGUCUAUUGGGAAUAAUUUUACAUCACAGGAGAAUAACUUCCAACAUGAACCUUCUGAGUCUUAUUCACCUAUGGAUGUUUCUCCUUAUCGUGAAACUGGGGAUGCCGAGCAAUCAAGUAAAGAGCCUUCAUUGACAACUGAGAGCCGGGCAUCACUUGAAGCACACGCACCCCUUUCUAAUGAUGCAACAGAUGAGGAUUUGAUUAGAGCUACAGAAAACAUGGACAUUUUUGAAAACAAUGAUGUGAAGCAUGGUGAAGCAGAAGAGCAAGUUUCAGAGUGCACUGGCAAUACAUGUGCAGCUAUGGCAAGCUCUCCAGUGGAUUUUGUGUCUGCAGCUGAAAGUGAAAGUUUUAUGUCUGCAUAUGAGAAUUUGGAUGAAAAUGGAGAAAAUGAGGUUGAAUCAAACAGUGUGGAACAAAAUUGUGAUCAAACUCGAUAUUUCUCCACUGCAAGUUCUGCAACCAGUGGAGAAUCUUCUUUCACUUUUGCUGCUUCCUCUUCUGCCCAAGGUCAAACAUCAACUGCUACUCGGUUACAUAAGAAGAAAAUUCGUAUGAAAGUUGGCCCAGAUAUCUAUAUUCCCGCUAGGAGUACUAUAUUAUCUGAUUCACAGUUUUCUCCCAUUUCUAGAGUUUCUGUCCUUCCUUCACAGGUGGUGCAAAGUGAUACUGUACCAACUGCUCCCUUAAAAGGUAUUAAAAAGGUUACCUCUUCAACAAACAUGUCAGUAGGAGGUAGUAUUGUGGGAGAUGCAAAGAAAGCUAUAUCAUCUCCAACAGCACCAGCUCGUGCAGCACAAGAAGCUUGUGAGAAGUGGCGUCUGAGGGGAAACCAAGCUUAUGCAAAUGGAGAUUUGGAGAAAGCAGAGGCUUAUUAUAGCCAGGGGCUGAGCUGCAUUCCUCAACAUGAGACAUCUAGGGACUGCCUCCGAGCAUUGGUCCUUUGCUACAGUAAUCGAGCUGCUGCUCGUAUGUCUCGUGGAAGAAUUAGAGAAGCAUUACGAGACUGUCUGGUUGCCGCUGACAUAGAUCCCAGCUUCUUCAGAGUUCAACUCAGAGCUGCAAACUGCUACCUUGCUCUUGGUGAAAUUGGCGAUGCAUCACUGCAUUUCAAGAGACUGUUGCAGUCGACUGAUAUCUGUGUGGAGCGGAAAAUUAUUCUAGAAGCUUCAGAUGGCCUACAAAAGGCACAGAAAGCAUCUGAAUCCAUGGGUCAUGCUGCUCGACUUUUGUUACAAAGGACGCUGUCUGAUGCAGAAACUGCUCUAGGAGUGAUUUCUGAGGCCCUAAUUAUCAGUCCAUACUCAGAGAAGUUGCUUGAAAGUAAAGCAGAAGCACUAUUUAUGUUGCGAAGAUAUGAAGAGGUGGCACAGCUAUGCGGGCAGACUUUGGAAACUGCUGAAAAGAAUUCACCUUUACUGGGUGCUGAUGGACAGUCACCAUGUUUGGAGGCUUCUGAGCUCUUGGAGAGUUAUUCUUUCCGGAUUUGGCGAUAUUGUUACAUAUUCAAAUCAAACUUUUAUUUAGGAAAGCUGGAAGAAGCUGUUGAUUUUCUGGAGAAGAAAGAGUGUUGGAGGUCUAUGGUGGCCAAGUUUGGAAAUGAGACUAUUGAAUCAUUUAUACCACAACUUUCAACUGCACAUGAGCUGAUAAAUCAUAAGUCCGCGGGAAAUGGAGCCUUUCUAGCAGGAAAGCAUAAAGAAGCUGUUGAACAUUAUACUGCUGCUUUGUCAUUUAACGUUGAGUCCCGACCUUUCAGUGCAGUAUGUUUUGCCAAUCGUGCUGCAGCCUACCAAGCAUUGGGGCAGAUCACUGAUGCAAUUGCAGACUGCAGUUUGGCUAUAGCAUUGGAUGAACAUUACUUGAAGGCAAUAUCCAGAAGAGCCACCUUGUUUGAGAUGAUUCGAGACUAUGAACAGGCAGCGAAAGAUCUUGAGAGACUUGUGUCUCUUCUUACCAAGCAGGCAGAGGAGAAGUCCACUUAUUCAGGAGCAUAUGUGCCAUUGGGCUCUGUAGCUGAUCUAAGACAAGCUCGACAACGGCUUUUUCAGAUGGAAGAACAGGCUAAGAGAGGGAUACCUUUAAAUUUUUACCUGAUCUUGGGAGUAGAGCCAUCUGUUACGGCAAUAGAUCUAAAGAAAGCUUAUCGUAAAGCUGCUCUGAGGCAUCAUCCUGAUAAGGCUGGUCAAUCAUUGGCGAGAGCUGAAAGUGGAGAUGAUGGUCUCUGGAAGGAAAUAUCGGAGGGGGUCUACAAGGAUGCUGAUAAGCUAUUCAAGAUGAUUGGCGAGGCAUAUGCAGUUCUUUCAGACCCUGAUAAGCGUUUCCAAUAUGAUAUUGACGAGGAGACAAGGAAUGGCCAAAGGAAAAGUAGUAGCAAUGCUUCAAGAAUGUACACUGAAACUUCUUUUAACACUGCAGAAAGAGGUAAUAGUGGAAGACAAUGGCGAGAGAUGUGGAGAUCUUCUGCCAACCCUUAUUCUCGGGGGUUUGAACCUACAAGACCUGGUGGAUUUUAUUAACAGAAAGACAGCCAGCUGAGUCACGGUUUGAACUAUAUUGAAGGAAACGACUAGAUAAAUCACACUAUGAAUCAUGGUUAUUACUAUAUCUAAUGCUCUGAAGCUAUGACAGAGACUUCCUCAACUAAACCCUGUGAUUAACUUGAAGUUCAGAGGCACAAUUGUGCAGCACUGUUGGGAUUAUCUAACGAUACACAAGCAAAAUGAGAUUAAGAUGGACUUUCCAUCAGAAGUUCGGCAACUAACCCUAAGCCAAAGGUGUCUUGGUUCUCAAGUACAUAGACGACGGAAAAAAAAAAAUCUUUCUAUAUUAUUUUUUUUACUUUUAGAAAUUAUAUCAAUAUUCUUUUUCUUUUUCCAUUUUCUUUUGGCUUGGAGGGUGUGAAGGGGGUAUUUGUAUGUGAGAAAGAAAUUUGUUUUUCCAGUUGAAGCUAUGUAAAUACAGGCAACUUGUAUAGCACAAAGAAUUGCUUUGAUUGAAAUUAAAUUAUUAUAGUGUUUGUGUUUGCUUAUGUUUUCUGAAA